UCUCUCCUUCUGAAAGCACUUUUUCCCCCCUCUCUGCACCGUGCCAGAGAGGAGAGGAGCAAAGGAGCGCAAAGAGGAGCGAGAAGAGAGGAUUUGCCCAUCAGACGAGAGACGGACGGAGGAGCGGGACCAUGGCUGCCCUCUCCGCCUUGCUGAAGACCUGGGUCAUCGUGCAAACCCUCUGCCUGGCUCUGGCCCAAGUGCGGGGUCCACCCGGAUCUCAGGGCCUGCCGGGUCCUCCAGGCCCCUCUGGCACUCCUGGCUCAGAUGGCAUUGAUGGAGAGAAAGGACCCCCUGGUCCCCCCGGCCCACUCGGACAAAAGGGAGAGCCAGGAGAGCCCGGCCCCGACGGACCUCCCGGAGAAAACGGUCUUGAUGGUUUGAUUGGAGCAAAAGGUGAUCGUGGACCAAUCGGUAGCCCCGGCCCAAAGGGUCAGCCAGGUCCAAGUGGAGAGCCUGGACGUCCAGGGCUCGGCCUUCCAGGUCUGGCUGGUGCCCCGGGGCCAAUCGGCCUUCCAGGUCAAAUUGGACAACCUGGACCAAAGGGUGUUCUGGGGCCACCAGGUCCUCCGGGUCUCCCUGGUCCUGCAGGCAAGCCAGGUCCUCCAGGCAAGUUUAUUGGUCUCGAGGAAGGCAGUGCAGACUUUCAGUGUCCUCUCAACUGCCCAGCGGGACCUAAAGGCCCACAGGGACUGCAGGGUGUCAAGGGACACAAAGGGCGUGCCGGUGUUCUCGGAGACCCCGGGAGCAUAGGGAGACCGGGACCUAAGGGAGAUGUCGGUAUCUCUGGGGAACAGGGUAUCCCAGGACCCCCGGGUCCAAUGGGUCUGAGGGGGUAUCCAGGAAUGAUGGGUCCUAAAGGAGAGGCGGGCCCUCGUGGAUACAAGGGCAUUGUUGGGCCUGUUGGAAUUCCUGGACCUCCUGGUGAGGAAGGACCACAGGGGCCACUUGGAGACUCGGGAGAAAAAGGAGACAAAGGUGGCCGAGGCAUCCAGGGCCCGCAGGGGGGAGUUGGCAAAAAGGGAGAGAAUGGUCUUCCGGGUAUCGAUGGCAAAGACGGCACACCUGGCAUUCCUGGAAUCAAGGGUGCUCCUGGACAACCCGGAAUGCCUGGCCCUCCUGGUCCUCAGGGGACAGCUGGAUUACCUGGCACCCCGGGGGCAAAGGGAGAACCUGGAGUACAGGGGGAUCCUGGACCAAGGGGCUUUAUUGGCAUGCUUGGUACUCCUGGUCCUUUGGGUGAACCAGGUAUUCCUGGAGCGCCAGGGAUGGAAGGAGUCCCUGGACCAAAGGGCGACAGAGGAGAGCGGGGACCGGUGGGGGCACAGGGACCAGUGGGCAAGCCUGGAAGCAAAGGAGAAAGAGGUCCUAUCGGUAUCCCCGGGCCACAGGGACUUACUGGAACUAAGGGAGACCAGGGCUUCCAAGGCAAAGUUGGUCCGAAGGGAGACGUAGGGGACCCGGGCGUUGAGGGAUUGGCUGGCGAGAAAGGCGAAAAGGGUAUGUCUGGUGAACCUGGGCCCAAAGGACAACAAGGAAUUAGGGGGGACCUAGGACACAAUGGACCCACCGGAGACCCUGGUAAACCAGGAGACCCAGGACCACCUGGACUGCCAGGUCCGAGGGGACUUAAUGGAGAGAGAGGAGUACCCGGCAUGCCAGGAAUUUCAGGACCAACGGGGCGUGACGCGUCUGACCAGCAUAUUAUUGAAGUGGUGCUAAAGAUGUUGCAGGAGAGACUGCAAAGAGUGGCAGUGAGCGACAAGAGGGCUGUGCUUGGUGGUACGGGUGUAAUGGGACCCCCGGGGCCCCCUGGGCCACCAGGGGCACCUGGCCCCCAGGGGCCACAUGGUUUACCUGGUACUCGUGGUAUCCCUGGUAUAAUUGGAGGACCUGGGCAGAUCGGAAACACAGGGCUUAAAGGAAAGAGAGGGCCGAAGGGAGAGAGAGGAGACUCAGGUAAACCUCACCCAGGUCAACCAGGACCUCCUGGGAUACAAGGCCCUCCUGGUGUUGAUGGCGUCGCUCGCGAUGGCAGGCCUGGUGAGAGAGGACCUCAGGGGGCAGCCGGUGAGCCAGGUCGCCCUGGUAAGGCGGGGCCCCAAGGUCUCCCCGGGUUCUGCGAGGCGGCAAUGUGUCUGGCUGCAUCAGCGUACACCUCGCCAAGAUUACAAGAGGCGGGGACGAUCAAAGGACCCAAUGUUUAGAGAUCCCUCUCUCUGAAUCAACUGCUGGGGAGGGAGGGAAAGAGGGAAAAAGAGUGACUGCUCUCCUCAGAUGGGCAACAUCAGGAAAUGAGAGUUGGGGGCAAUGAUAACACGGUGACUGGGUGUUUAGCCCCCCCCCCCCAACUCUCCUAGAUAUUACAAUUGGAAGUUUUUGACUGGUGGGACAUCAUGAUCUUAAUCCCACACAUCACCAUGACAACAGCAGCUCACAGCCACCCACAUCCUUAAGAAUUCUCCAGUGUUUUUGGAUGAUGUCAGUGUCAGUCCCAUCCAAAUACCGUAUUCCUUUUCUAGCCGUUAGACAGGAGCAGAACUCAGACUGAACCGCCACAUCUCCCACCAACACGCUGUCUUCGGGCUCAGAGAUGCUGAAAAUCCAAAAUGGUGAAGGAUGCUUUUCUUUAACAAUGUGGUCACUUUAACGCUCCCAUGUAAAUUCAAUACUUUAUGUGUUUGGAAGGUCGUGCUCCGUCUCUCUCAAGUGGAGCAUCAGACAUUAAAAAUGUGCAAAAAAGAACAAUAAAUAAUUACAGCCUAACUUUUCACUCAGUACUGUAUUAUAAAAUGUAUUUCCUGAUCUGUAAGCUUGAGUGAAAUCCUUGAUUUAACUCAUGUAAAUUGCUUUCCCUCUCCUCCAAUCCCCCCGCUUUCUACCUAAGUCUCAUUUUAGAAAUUAACGACAAGCUUUAUCUCUUCCUCCUGUUGCCUGGCAACAGUAUAUCCCGAAAGGCACUCCCAUCUCCCACAAUGCAGUGCUGUAAAUCUUUGUAAAUGUGUGCUGAUUAUUAUGUGCAGAAAUACCAUGCAGAUCCCUCAGAAAUAAUGAUUUUUUUCCCCCCCAUAAAACAAUUACUUAACAGCUCAUAUGUGCGUUCUAUGCCACUGUCAGAUUUCUACGGGAUGACUGAUUUAUGUCAUUAAAAGAGUUAUUUAUUGUUCUAGAUAUAAUCACCUGUAGAAACAUAAGGGAGGUUUAUUUCUGGAUGUUCACUCCUCCCAAACCAAUAAAGAGGAGCCUUUUAUAAAAUCCAAUGUUCUUCUGUAUCAAUGCUGGGAAGGUGUGUUUAAUCUUUUUCAGAGCCUCUAUAACUUUGCAACAUUAAAACUAUUGAUUUAUGCAUGUAAAUAAACUCCCUUGCCUUACA